UGGCGCACUAUAUGUGCUUCGCGUCCGGAGCGCGCUGACAGCAGUGUUUAGUCUGCGUUCCCUUCAGAAUGAAGCCUUGUUUUGUGCUCGGGUUCCUGCUGUUCUCUCUCGUCUGUCUGAUGUACCAAGCGUCAGACGCGUGUUCGUGCGCGAUGUCUCAUCCACAGGACGCGUACUGCCACUCCGACAUCGUGAUCCGAGUUAAAAUAGUGGGAAAGAACCUGCUGAACGACGGUCCGUUUGGCACCCUGCGCUACACCGUCAAACAGAUGAAGAUGUACAAGGGCUUCGACAAGAUCCAGCACGUUCAGCACAUCUACACACACGACUCCGAGAGCAUGUGUGGAGUCAAGUUCGACAUCAACAAAUACCAGUAUCUGAUCACAGGUCGUGUUCACGACGGGAAGCUGUACACGGGGCUGUGUAACUUUAACGAGCGAUGGGAGCGUCUGUCUCUGGAGCAGAAGAAGGGCAUCAACCACCGCUAUCAGCUGGGCUGUAACUGCAGGAUCAAGCCGUGCCACUAUCUGCCCUGCUUCGUCACGUCCAAGAACGAGUGCUUAUGGACGGACAUGCUGUCGCACUUCAGCUUCCCCGGCUAUCAGUCGCGUCACUACGCCUGCAUCCAGCAGAAGGAGGGCUACUGCAGCUGGUACCGAGGCGUGAGCGCUCGCGACAAGCUCAUUAUCAACACCACCGACCCCUGAGAACCGGCCUGAAACCACUACACCACCAGCCCAACCUUUCUGAACCGGAAGAUUUUUCAUGCUUCUUAAAGAACUCUCUUCUGCUCACCAAGCCUGCAUUUAUUUGAUCCAAAAUA